CAGUAGUGCUGAUCUCAGGAUGACGGAGUAUAAGCUGGUGGUGGUUGGAGCAGGUGGUGUGGGGAAGAGUGCACUCACUAUCCAGCUCAUCCAGAACCACUUUGUGGAUGAGUAUGACCCCACAAUUGAGGACUCCUACAGGAAGCAGGUGGUGAUUGACGGAGAGACGUGCCUGCUGGACAUCCUGGACACAGCGGGCCAGGAGGAGUACAGCGCCAUGCGGGACCAGUAUAUGAGGACUGGGGAAGGCUUCCUCUGUGUCUUUGCCAUUAACAACACCAAGUCCUUUGAGGACAUUCACCAGUACAGAGAGCAGAUCAAACGGGUGAAGGACUCUGAUGAUGUGCCCAUGGUGCUGGUGGGUAAUAAGUGUGACCUCCCGGCUCGCACCGUGGACACACGACAAGCGCAGGAUCUGGCCCGCAGCUACGGAAUCCCCUGCAUAGAGACCUCGGCCAAAACACGGCAGGGAGUAGAGGAUGCCUUCUACACGCUAGUCCGUGAGAUCAGGCAGCACAAGCUGAGGAAACUGAACCCUCCUGAUGAGAGUGGUCAGGACUGCAUGAAUUGCCGCUGUGUGGUGUCAUGACCAGAUCCAGGGUGACGGGUGCCCCACAGAGACAGGCAAAAGAGCAGGCAUGAACUGAAGAGGGGCUGCGACAACAGUGUGAGGACAAAACCAAGGCAUCUGUCUGACGGCAGCGCUGAUUGGCUGGUGAGGCACCUGACUGCAGCUCUCGUUAGCUGGAGAAGCCCCUGUCUGAAGUUCUCAUUGGCUGGAGAGACCCCCCUGACUGUGCUCUCAUUGGCUGGACGGACUUCCAACACUUGUCCGGAUUCCCGUGUCUGCCAGAGGCCCGACAAUACUGAAUUGUCCGUCUGUAAAAACACUGUGCUAACACUGUGGGGAAACUCCACCCGUCUCAUUACAUUAUUGUUUUAACGGUCGCAGCACUGUUCUUCACACUGAUGUCUCUGCUCGAGCAGUCCCUGUCCUGUGACACCAUUCUGUCCUGUGCCCAUUCCACUUUACUAGCAACUGGACUACCGUGACCAACUCAAACUGUAUCCCAUCCAUAUACUUUAUCACAGUCCAUCUCUACCUGCAGGCCAUGCUCAGCUUCCUCAAAAUGGCCAAAUGGAUCCGAUUCCCAGCUGGUGUCUAAAGCAUUUGCAUCAUGGGGUUGUCUCUUUUUAGCCCAAAGUUUAAUAUUUGUUCAUUUUUAAAAUACACUUUUAAGUAUAGUUUUUUUUUUUUAAGUUUUUUUUUAAGAUUGUAUAGUACUUAUGCACACAUUGUAAGCAGUCAUGAUAAUAAUUUUACCUGCUGCCAAAAGGAGGUCUAGAUAGGGGGUUGCCAGAGUCUGAUAAAUAGAACGAGAAUGAUGACUACAGCAGUUGUAUGGGUAUCCAUGAGGCUUUUGGUUGUGAAUAUUGUAGGUUUUCAAAAGACUGUAUUGUAUGAUUAGGUAAAAUGAUGUGAAAAGCCAUCACAUUCUGUUGGUUUAUGGAUAUGUCUUUGGUGGACGUAUGUGGCUUUAGGGGUGUAUGUGUGUCAUGGUUGGAGGUUAGUGUAGGGGUCUUUGUGUCUGGGUGGAGGUGGGUGUAGGGCUGUUUGUGUAUGUGUGUGAUGGAUAGAGGUUGGUGUAGGGGUGUAUAUGUAUCAUGGAUAGACAUCAGUGCAAGGGUGUAUGUAUGUUAUGGGGGGAGGGGGGUGCAGCCUGGAGGUGUGUGUAAGGUGUAUGCGUGUCAUUGUGGGAGGUGGGUCUAGGGGUGUAUGUGCACUGUAGAUGGCGGUAGGUGUAAGGGUGGAGGGGAGUGGUGGGAUCUGUCUGCCCUGAGUGGGGUUGCCUUUGGCUAUAUGCGUGUAGUGCGUGCAGAGCUGGAUCUUGGUUAUCUGUGGAUCUGCAGCAUUUAGAUGAAUCGCAGCUGUAGGGUUAGUUCCCUCUGCCAAGAGAGAUGUGUACUGAACUGAAAGCUAGCUAUCCGCAUUCAUAGCUUUAGAAUUUCUUCUCCUUUUCUUGUACAGUGUGACUGGCUGAUCGCUGAAUGUGUGGGGUUUAACAUUAAUUUCUCAGUGUAAGUGGCUAACCGCUGCAGCCAGGAAUAAUACAUAUGACAGGGGUAUACCAGUAGGCCAUCGCUGGCUGAGGAAACAAGGUUCUGCAGAGCCUCACUAGUGACUUGUACAGGAAGGGUGAGAUGGGGACCUUUGUUCUGUUUCGCAGAAAGACGUAAUCUGUCUGCCUGUAGCACAGACUGAAUUCUCCCCUCAACUUGAGAAACAUCUUGCUUCUCUGUGGCUGUAAACUCAUUAUUUCAAGUGUGACAUUAUUACCCACUAGAAACCUCUUCAUGUUAUAAAUGUCAAAAUUAACAGAUUAAAAAUGGUGCAUAUCUUCUGCUGUGCUUGAUUCUAGUUCUGAAGCUGUGAACGGUAAAGUUUCAGUGAGCUUUCUUUUCCCCUGUAUGUGUGGUCAAAUUCUGAUCUCUAGGCCCUUCUAUGUGAAGAUUAUAUAUUUAAAUUGCAGGGUAGAGGAAUGCAGUAAUUGCAACAAGUUCUAUAUUUUGUUAGCCAACAGCAUGUGAAGAGUUCAGGUAGAUAUGAUUGAUUUUAGUGUGUGUGUGUGUGUGUGUGUGUGUGUGUGUGUGUGGCAGGAAAAAUGAGAGCUGGAGCACAUAGGUUUGAAGUGUGUGUCAAUUGAAAUCAGUUGCGUAAACAUUGGUUUUACUGCGUUUUAGUGACUACAAUUAUUCCCCAUCAGGCUUUGCAAUUUGCAUGCCUGUCAUCGAGGAAGAGUAUCUCAACCCUGACUAACCGUUUCUAUUAAAAUGGUACAAUCCAUUUACUCCAAUAACUUCCCGCUGGAUUCAGUCAACAUUUGUCCUUAGUUUACAAAUAAAGCAUUUUUCAUUACACAUUACUUUUUUGGUGAUUGCAUAAUUUGGUGACCUGUGUUUGUGAAGGACAAUGGUUGAUUAAAUUUAGGGAUUAUCCUUUCAAGGAAAAUAAUACUACCUUUAUAAACUUUUAUAACCCUGACCCUAUAUAACCCUUUAUAUGAUAAUGUGCUGCUAGGUUGUGCUGUGUGUGGGGUGUGUGUGUGUGUUGGGGCGAGGUGAGGUCUCUGUUUAGUGGACCAUUUGGAAACUUGAAUUAUACGGUAGCACCUCUGAGAUACUAAUACAUCAGGAAUAUGGGGUGUUAAUGUGGAGUACAGUUCAAUAAUGCUCAGUGAUGUUCAGCAGUGUACAGGAAUGCUCAGUUAUGUCCGCUAUGUUAUAAAUACGUAUAUUCUACUUGUGAACACACCAGCCUGGGUCUUGCCAGCCUGUUGGUAUGUGGGUGUGUAGCCCAUACUUGUGUCUGACAAGAUAUUGGAAUCAAAGGGAAGAAUGUUAUUCAUUCACCUGGUUAUUGUUUGGAGCUCUAGAUGAUGGAAUAAUUUUUAAUUUCAUGAUUUCUGAGCCAGGACAGUGCUAAUUGUUUUUUUUUUUUUUUUUUUAUUGCACUAAUGUACAUUCAUGGAAUUUGUGUCAUUAAUAUCUUGUACAAUUGAAAAAAAUAUUACAAAAUUAAAUUUGUACUGUACUGCAUACAUUAUAGCACUAUAAUUUAACAUUUCAGAAACCACAACAUCCAUUUCUUGCGUAAAUACUGUGUCUUAAGCAAAUGUGUGCUGUUUUGUAUUUCUCUCACUGUGAUAUGAAUGAUGACCGAAUCAAGACUUAUCUUUCAUUCCUUUUUUGGUGGAAACUUAUUGAGGCAACUGAUUUACCCGAGUUGCCUGACCUUUUACCCUUUAUUGUGAAACAGCGACUCUUCUGUAGGCCUACCUCCAGUUGCUGAAGUGUAUUCAGAUAUUGAAUGAUGCAAUGAAUGUGCAGCUAAUAUGGGCUGCAGAGAAAAAUGGGUGGCUGGCAGAAGAUGCUUUUGGAUGAGUCUCAACAGACUUGCUGGGCCCACAAAUACAACUUGGCAGUCAAAACUGGGGAUAAAUGUGGAUAAACAUUAGUAUGUAAAAAAAGGAAGAGAUUCCUGUGUUGUAAGAAUUCCACAUAGUUGUGUGUUGUAACAGAAAAAAACUUCAAUAAAAAUACAAAAAUCCA